AUGCGGAAAGACGACGACAGGAGGGAAAAGAAGUCGAGGAAAAGCGACGACAGGAAGAAAAAGAAGUCGAGGAAAAGCGACGACAGGAAGANGAACAUUGUUGACGCUGUAAGAAAGAAACAAGUAGAAGAAAACAGGGGGAAGUUGAUUCCCAUAGUCGAAACCAUUAAACUUUGCGGGCGACAGGAGCUGGCACUCAGAGGAACUGACGAUUCAGGACCAAUUUUUGAAAAGAGCGACGAGCCGGUGGUCAACGAUGGAAACUUCAGAGCAAUUUUAAGAAUGAGAAUCAAAUGUGGAGAUGAAAAAUUAAUCAGGCAUGUUGAGAAUGUUGCUCUGAAUGCUUCAUAUAUUAGUCCAAAUAUACAAAACCAAUUGAUCAUUAUAUGCGGACAAAUAGGACAAAUCGUGUAG